UACCUCCCUAUCUCUAAACCUCACAUCUCGCUUUCGUGCUUAUCGUCGCUGAUAUUUAUUCCAUGCUCUCGUUUCAACGGCCAGGAUCCACCGACCCAUGCAUGCACCCCUAGCUAGCCCAAUUGCCCCUUGUUGCUGACGCUACCUGCAUGCACCUGACGUCGUCGGCUUCCUUCUAUAGCUAGAGCUCGCGCUCUAUAAAACUCUCCACCCCACACACCCUGCCUCUCACACUGCACAUCGCUUCGCACUGUUCCUUCUAUAGCUAGCUUUGCUUGCUGCUGACCGGAUUCUUCAUCGAUCGUCACCUAGCUAUCUAGCUAGUAGCUAGCUGAAAGCGCUAGCUCGAUCGAGAGAGGAAGAAAUCCAUAAUUAAACAAGCAGCAAGCAACCUGCUGCAGCCAGCGAUCGAGACGAUGAUCGGGUGGGGCGACGUGUACAAGGUGGUGGCGGCGACGGUGCCGCUCUACUUCGCGCUGUUCCUGGGGUACGGGUCCGUGCGGUGGUGGCGCAUCUUCACGCGGGAGCAGUGCGACGCCGUGAACCGCCUGGUGGCCUUCUUCGCGCUGCCCUUCUUCACCUUCGAGUUCACGCUGCACACGGACCCGUUCCAGGUCAACUACCGCGCCGUCGCCGCCGACGUCAUCUCCAAGGCGGUCAUCGUCGCCGUCAUCGCCUGCUGGGCCAGGUUCGCCGCCGCCAAGGGCGCCGGCUGCGCCGUCGGCUGGUCCAUCACCAGCUUCUCCCUCUCCACGCUCACCAACUCGCUCGUCGUCGGCGUGCCCAUGGCCCGGGCCAUGUACGGCGAGUGGGCCCAGCAGCUCGUCGUCCAGCUCUCCGUCUUCCAGGCCAUCGUCUGGCUCACGCUCCUGCUCUUCGUGCUCGAGGUCAGGAAGGCCGCCAUCGGCAUGUACGUCGCCGCCGCAGACGACUCCUCGGCGGCCGUCAAGGACGUCGAGGCCGCCGCCGGUGCCGCCGUGCCCGUCUCCAUCGUCGGCGGCAAGCCGUCGCUCUGGGCGCUCGUCAAGGUGGUGGCGCACAAGCUGUCGCGCAACCCCAACACGUACGCCAGCUUCGUCGGCAUCACCUGGGCCUGCGUCGCCAACAGGCUGCACAUCGAGCUGCCCAGCGCCUUCGAAGGCUCGGUGCUCAUCAUGUCCAAGUCAGGCACAGGAAUGGCCAUGUUCAGCAUGGGGCUGUUCAUGGCGCAGCAGGAGAAGGUGCUGGCGUGCGGGCCGUGCUUUGCGGCGCUGGGCCUCGUGCUCAAGUUCGCGCUCGGCCCGGCCGCCAUGGCCAUCGGCUCCAUCGCCGUCGGCCUCCGCGGCGACGUCCUCCGCGUCGCCAUCAUACAGGCUGCACUACCUCAAUCCAUCACAUCAUUUAUAUUCGCAAAAGAAUAUGGGUUGCAUGCUGAUGUUCUCAGUACUGCGGUUAUUUUUGGGAUGCUUGUCUCCUUGCCGUUGCUAGUUGGAUUUUAUAUUGUUUUAGAGUUAAUUAGAUAGACAAGGGUGCACAGUGUUAAGCCUACUGAUGAAACUCGUUCUUCCCUUGAAGCUGCCCAAACAUGCAUACUGACAACAAGUGCUAAGAAAUGUCUGCUGCUUUCUUUCCUCAUUGCACAAAACUGCAAAUGGAGUUAUUGAGUAAUAUCAAAUAUGUUUUGACAUGUAUUAUGUACGAAGAAUGCUUAUUCAUUCUGUUACUAAAAUGAAUGUGUAGCAUGCAGAUUUGAUUUUGGUUUUGUUA